UUGGUUUGGAGUUUGGACACACUUGACUCGACACUACUACUACUAUCCUCCUCCCUACCUUGGCAUUCUCCGCAUCUCUUGGCCUCAUAAGAACUAGGGUUUCUGUUUUUUUCUUGAAUUUUAUACGGUUAUUUCAAUGCGAAUGUAACUCCAAUAACCAGAUUCCAUUCGAUAUCCUUAUUCCUUACUACCAAGCUGUUUUUAAUUUGUAACGAAACUUGAUUAGUUGCUGAGAAUUGGGAUCUCUGGUAAUUUGUUUGAUCCACAAUCAUCGAUCAACUCUGUGAUUUAUGGCUUUAGUUCAGUCCUCUGCUCUCUGCUUUAGUGCUAUUCCUUCAAAUUUUCGACCGUCUUCUUGGUCGAAUCGGUUGUCGAGUUCAUUAGAUUCGAGAUCGUGUAGUACUGUUAAAGCCUCCGGCUUAACUUCAACGCCAUCGACUCCUCCAUCCUUCCGGUUUUCUUCUUCAUCUUGCUCACAACCAGGAAAAGUUUUUGCAAGUAUUAAAGGAUCAGCUGAAACCGAUGAAUCCUCACUUGUGGUCUGCUUUGGGGAAAUGCUGAUAGAUUUCGUCCCUACAAUAAAUGGGCUGGCAUUAGCUGAAGCCCCUGCCUUUAAAAAAGCACCUGGUGGUGCACCUGCAAAUGUUGCUGUAGGUAUUGCUCGCCUUGGUGGUUCAUCUGCUUUCAUUGGAAAGGUUGGAGAAGAUGAGUUUGGUUACAUGCUUGCUGAUAUUCUAAAAGAAAACAAUGUAAACAAUGAAGGAAUGCGGUUUGAUCCUGGUGCUCGAACUGCUUUGGCUUUUGUGACACUAAAGAAAAAUGGUGAACGUGAAUUCAUGUUUUACAGAAACCCUAGUGCUGAUAUGCUUUUACAAGAAUCUGAACUUGAUCUUGACUUAAUAAAAAAGGCAAAAAUAUUUCAUUAUGGAUCCAUAAGUUUGAUUACAGAACCAUGCAAAUCGGCUCAUAUUGCUGCAACAAAAGUUGCAAAAGAUGCUGGUGUUCUUUUGUCUUAUGAUCCCAAUCUUCGGCUUCCUUUAUGGCCAUCUGCAGAGAGUGCAAGAGAAGGAAUCUUGAGCAUUUGGGAUACUGCCGACAUCAUCAAGAUAAGUGAAGAGGAGAUUGGCUUUUUGACAAAUGGAGAAGAUCCAUAUGAUGACAAUGUUGUACGAAAAUUAUACCAUAAAAACCUCAAAUUGCUACUUGUGACAGAAGGACCAGAUGGAUGCAGAUAUUACACCAAGGAGUUUAGUGGGAGAGUGAAGGGUAUGAAGGUGGAUCCUGUGGACACAACGGGUGCAGGGGAUGCUUUUGUGGCUGGAGUUUUAUCAAAACUUGCUGAAGAUUUGUCACUGUUGCAGGAUGAGAAGAGGCUGAGAGAGGCUUUGAGUUUUGCAAAUGCUUGUGGUGCAAUUACUGUGACAGAGAGAGGGGCAAUUCCGGCAUUACCCACUAGAGAAGCUGUUAUGGAUGCUUUGCUCAAGGCUGUUGCGUAACUUUGCUUGCUAAUUGAGGUUGUAUAUUAGUUGCUUUUAAAACCACCUUCUAUUUUUUUCAAACUAAGUAAUUUUUAAUAAAAUGUAUGACGUGGCUAAAUUAAUAAAAUUUAUACUUGGCACCCACUA